GACCAUUUAUGUGCGUAAUGCGUGCAAAGAUUUCGCGAUGUUUAGGUCUUGAACACGACUGCUGGAUGAUUCGAUGCAUUCUGAAACAUUUAUUUUAAUUAAUUAAGGUGGUACACGGGUGGUUCUUUCGCCCGGAACCCGCCUUCACCUGUCUUCGCCUGGUUGCGUAAGAAUGCACCAAACGCCAAAUCGAAGGCGCGUGCAGCACCGCAAACAUCCAAGUGACACGUUUGCAUGGGCGGCAAGCGCAUUGUUGACGGAGCUGCCGCCCGGCAGUCUGCCCAACGCCACCGGAGCCAGCGCAGGUCAGCUGCAUCACCCGGCACAUGGCCCCUCCCCCCUUUACCCUGGCGGACCUACAGCAGAUGCCGCUGCGCUGGCGCUGGGGCCGGGGGGCCUCGGUGGCAGCAUCCUGCCGGACGACUUAUUAGACCUGCUGCGAGAUGUCGACGAAGACAACCUACACCUCGACCUGGACGAAGUUUGUACCGACGGUAUCGUUGACACCUCAGAAGACUUAAACGUCCUUGAAUCGCAGCUCGCCGCAAGCGGACAACAGUCGCACAGCGCAGGAGCAGCACCAGGAGCGCCAGCAUUGGCAGGACUCCACACCUCGGCAGCGGGAGCACCAGCGCAAGCGCCUGGCUCGGCCGCUCAGCAAGGCGGAACCUCGCACUUCGGCCUGCCUGGCCACUCGGUCGUAACAACCAGCGCAGCAGGGCUGCUUCUUGGCCUACCAGGCGACAUGGCUCGACAACAGCAGCAUCAGCAGCAAGCCUCUGACCAGCAGCAGACCGGCGCUCGAGCGAACGGCCGGCGAGCUUGUCGGCGCGGCAGCGACGAGCCCGCAGAGGAGGUGAACGCCAUGGACAGCCCCUCCUCCUCACCAGCAGGUGCCGGGAAGGUGAGCCAGCGCGGCCGCAAGGCCGCAGCGGCCUCCGGCGCCGCGGCGACCAAGCGCGGCACCAGCGCAUCCGGAGCCGGCUCAGGGCCGGACGAGGGUGGCGCCCCCGGCAACAACGGCAGCGGCAGCUUCGCGCUGCCCCUGUCUACCGGCGGCGGCGCACGCAGCCGGCACCGGCGCAGCCCCAGUGACCUCAGCGAGCCCUCGGCCAGCGGCCUGCCGGGCGCACUGCCACUGCCGCUGCCCCUAGUGGCCGACAAGCCGCUGAGCGAGUUCGUGGGCCAGACCCGCGCCAACGCGCUGGACCCGGCGCAGCUGGACCCCAAGCGCGCGCGCCGCAUCAUCGCCAACCGGCAGUCGGCGCACCGCAGCCGCAUGAAGAAGCUGCAGCUCAUCCACGAGCUGGAGCAGCGGGUGACGACCGCGCGCGCCGCCACGGACGCGGUGCGGCAGCAGAACGUCGCGGCGGCGGAGCGGCGGCGCGAGCUGCUCACGGCGGCGGCGACGGCGCAGCAGCAGCUGGCGGAGCUGCGGCGCGAGGCGGCGGCUGUGGCGGCCAUGCACAGCGCCCUGGCGGCGGAGCUCGCCAAGAUAGGCAUCGCGGGGCCGCCGCCAGCGCCCGCGGCAGCAGAGCCGGCGGCGGCGCCCGCCGACGGCAUGGAGGUUGGGCUGCGUGGCUCGAGCGGCGGUGCGGUGGCGCCCGCGACGCCGCCUAAUGGCUCGGAGGUGGGCGCCGAGCUGCACGGCCGCAUGUCAGUCAACGGGGCCGCCACCCGCGCCGCCGGCGGCCCGUCGGCUUCCGGCAGCUCCGGCACAUCGGCGUCCAUGGGUCAGGCUGGGGCUGCGGGCUCCCAGCCUGGCGGCGCGGCGGUGCCUGAGAGCCCCUUCCUCCUGCCGCACCUGCCGCCGCCGCACAUCAUGUCCGCUCACACCGCCGCCGCGGCUGGCAGUGGCGGUGGCGGCGGCUCGUUUUCAAACCACCACCAUCACCACCACAGCCACAGUCACAGUGGGAGCGGCAGCGCUAUGCCGCUGCUGUCCGCUCCCGGUGCCGCCUCCUACACCUUUGGGCAGCAGCACAACCCAGCCCACCAGCAGCAGCACCAGCAGCAGCCCGCGCCGUUCCUGCAAGGUGCCCUGCCGCAGCACACGCAGCUGGCGCACCCCGCGCCCUCGCACAGCCGCAACCCCUCCGCCAGCAGCCUGGCCGGCCCGGCGCCUUCGCAACCCAGCGCCGCCGUGGAGGCUGCGGCUGCCUUCCAGCAGGCGCCCACAGCCGCUGACGUCACGCCGGAGCCGGGCGCCAGGCAGGAUGGCGGCGGCGGCGGUGGCGGCGAAGUGGCUCACGGCAGUUCGCCCAUGGCCCUGGACGGGUUUGGCCUGGCAGGGCUGAUGGGGCUGGGCAUGGGCAACGACGGCCUGGCAGGAGGCGGCGGCAUCGGAGGAGGCGGAGGCGAGGGGGAGGCGGGGGCGGUGGGGGACAGUGACACGGACGUGGGCGACUUCUUGUUGAUGGGCAUGGGAGACGGCGAUGGGGACGACACGGCGCCCACGGACGGGGCGGGAUUGUGACUCCUGCUGGAGGGCCCGGCGGUGCCGAGCUGGGCUGGGAUGGCGUGGGAGGGUGCGUGUGGCUGAGAGCACAUCGAGGGUGCAGGCAUGUGCGCGUGUACCGUAUGUGUGUUAAAGAGCACAGGGAAUAACAAGCGCAAAGACUAUGUGUGUGCGUGUAUGUGUUGGUUGGGUACUGUUUCUAUUCAUGAGCAUGCGAGCAUGGACCGCUGUGUUUGCGGCUGGGAGUGGUUGUGCAGGACGCCGCAUACGUCCGCUAUGGGCUACACAGGCGAAAUAUCGCCGUAGCCAGUGACUGAGCAUAUCGUGGGAAUGCAGCUCGGUAAAACACGUUGCGACAAUGAACGAGAAAAGGUUGAACUGAUAGACUACAGCAGGAUUGCAACGAACAUGGUGGGACCCCACAUGGAGGACUACACGUUAGAUCUUGAUUGGGGCGGUGAGGCGAUGCAUGUCGUGGUCAUAAGUUAUGGGUGACGCAAGGUUGCCUCCACGCUGCUCACGCCGUCGUCGGUGCUCGCACAUUUACUACGGAAGUCAGGCCAAAGCGAAGCGAGUAAAAGAGCAUGGAAUGUAAAAGUGCAGGGUU